AGUGCGCUCCUCGUCUCCACAAACACUUUACGCGCCGCCUGCGUCGCUCCUCGCGCGCCGCCCGCUCACGAUCCACACCUCCAGCGGCGGGAUCCGGACCGGGUCUCCUCCCCAGCGCUCCAGAGGACCGGGACCGGGAUCAGGGAUCAGGGAUCAGGGAUCGGGGAUCGGAAGCGCACGCGCGCGCACACACGCACGCCGAUCAGCCUCCCCUGUCCCGCAGCAGCGCACUUUGCAUGCGGUGAGCAAUUAAAAGCGGGAGAGGAGGAAGAGGAGGAGGAGGAGGAGGAAGGAACUUUCUAUCUCUGCAGGAUGGUUGAGCCCAGCCCUCCAGCUCUGCAGCUCCUCUCCACCGCCGAUGUCGGCAUGCUGGGCGUCAAGGUGGAGCGGGAGGAGCCCGGCGGAGGGGGCGGAGCCGGCGCCUACGCCGAGCCUCCCAAGACGUCUCCGUCCCGCGAUUGGCCGGGGAUUCAGGAGGCCCGUCAGCUGACGCCCCCGCUGUCCCGCUCGCCCUCGGAAGGAUCGCCGGGUAAAGAGCCGCCUCACAGGCAAAGCCCCAUGGGACUGAAGGAGGUCAGGAUGCACGGCCGAUCCGAAGGACAGUCCAACUUCAAGGAAGUGAUGCCGACCAUUGAGAAGCUGCUGAAUGCGGACUGGAAGGAGAAACUUCUGGAUAAAAGCACAGUGGGGGCAGGACAACUCAAAGGAACCCCCGAGUCCCUGGCGGAGAAGGAGCUGCAGCUGCUGAUGAUGAUCAACCAGCUGAGCGGCCUGCGGGAGCAGCUGCUGGGAGCGCACUCGGAGCAGAGGAACAUGGCCGCCCUGCUGCUGGAGAAGCAGCAGCAGCAGAUGGAGCUGGCUCGACAGCAGCAGGAGCAGAUUGCCAAACAGCAGCAGCAGCUGAUCCAGCAGCAGCACAAGAUCAACCUGCUGCAGCAGCAGAUCCAGCAGGUGAACAUGCCCUACGUGAUGAUUCCGGCGUUCCACCCCAACACCCAGCCUCUCCCGGUGACCUCCGACCCCCCGAUGACCCUGCCGCUGCAGCCCAUCCCCUGCAAGCCCACUGUGGACUACCCCAUGCAGCUGCUAAGCGCUCACCCCACCCCCGUCAAGAGGAGCGGUGGUUCCUUCCGACAGGAGUCGUCCAGUCAGCCCCUGAACCUGACCUCCAAGCACAAGGGGCUGGAGCUGGGGAAGACGCCCAGCCCCGGGAGCCUGGAGCUGGGCUCGCUGGCCCUGCAGGGCGCCUACCGAGCCCGGGACCUCCACAGAGAGAUGCCCCACAGCCCGCAGAGGCCCGCCCUCAGUUUCCUCGGGGAGGGAGACGUGGUCACUCAGGCCAUCCACGACGCCCAGCAGCUCCUCCGGAGUCACGGCGGCGGCCGAGACAGAGAGCGAGACGCCGCCAGCAAGAUGGAGUACAAAGAGUCGCCUCGCAGCGAGAGGCUUUCCCGGGACGAGCGAGGCGAGGACCGCCACGGCCUGCCGUCCACGGAGGAGCACCUCAGCAGCGACUCGGAGGGUGCUCUGCCCGCCUUGGCCCAGGCCGGCUACGCUGAGGCCCGCCCCCCGCCGUCCUCGGGCCACAUCAAGAGGCCCAUGAACGCCUUCAUGGUCUGGGCCAAGGACGAGCGCAGGAGGAUCCUGCAGGCCUUCCCCGACAUGCACAACUCCUCCAUCAGCAAGAUCCUCGGCUCCAAGUGGAAGGCCAUGUCCAACCAGGAGAAGCAGCCGUACUACGAGGAGCAGGCGCGGCUGAGCCGGCAGCACCUGGAGCGAUACCCCGACUACAAGUACAAGCCCCGCCCCAAACGCACCUGCAUCGUGGAGGGCCGGCGGCUCCGGGUGGGCGAGUACAAGGCCAUGAUGAAGAGCCGCAAGCAGGAGCAGCGAGCCACCUACACACACAGCCAGUCGGACCCCCAGCAGAUCCAUUACCCCCACGGCGACAGUCAGUACCCGGGGAGUGGCGGGGGAGGAGGAGGAGGAGGAGGAGGAGGAGGAGGGAAUGGCGGCGGCGGCGGCGGGGGUUCGGUCUCUGUAGCGGCCAUGUCCUUCCACCCCGCGCUGCUGGAGCAUUACCUGCCCCAGGUCCCAACUGCCCCACGCCGGGCAGCAGACGGCCAGGACACCCCCAGCUCUCUGCCCCGGGAGAGGGAGCGGGAGCGGGAGAGAGCCCAGUGCAGCGAGGGGGAGGAGAGUGACGGAGGGGACCGGAGCGAGGGGGAACUGGUGCUGCUGACGGACUGAAGGCA